UUAAAUUAAUAUUAUAAAAUUAAACAUAAUGAGUUUUUUCAAGAACAUUCAUAUUAAACUGAUUUUCAAAGUUGUGAUUUAUAUCAAUAAAUAAAAUAAUAAUGAUCAAUAGACCUCCAGUACCAAAAUUUAGUGACGAAUGCUCUACUCCAAAAAGAUCUUCUGACUUAAUAGAGGAAGUCUAGCAUUUAGUAUACAAAAUGAAUUUAGAUGAUGCAGUAGAAAAAAAAGCAAUCUAAAUACUAAAUUGUCUUACUCUACCAAAUACUUCAUUAUAUGCUUAGGCAUUAGUUCAUUGUGCCAUAAAAGAACUAAAUUAACCAUUACCUAAAGCAGAUGCAAAAGUAGAAUACCUUUCAAAAUGUAUUCAAAAUUAAUAUUCCUCCUUGAUUUCUACUUUAUGCAAAAAACUCAAAUUAAAUUCAAAAUCUACUUAAGUUUGCUACAUUCUCUUUUAAUAGAUGUAGCCUCUCAUAAAUAAGUUACCAAAACAACUUCAAAAUGCAAUUUCAGUAAAAAUUGCCACUGAUAUCAUUUAUUUGAAGUAAGGAGGCAUAAAUGUUAAAGUUAUUGCUUAAAUGGCUAAUAUUAAGGUGGAACAAUUAUAAAUCAAUUUAAACAGAAUCAAACCAUUUGCUUUCAAAAUUAUUUAAGACCUAUUCAACCACUUUCAUAACAAUUUUUAAUGACUUUUAUAUUAAUA